AACAUCGCCGCCGCCAAACAGACAGGAUUGCCUUACUUUGUGUUACCGUGGUACAAUUUUAGUACUCCGUGGAUGAUCGUGUCCGGAAUUUUCAUACCUGUAUUCAACAAGCUACCAACAUCCUGGACGAAAUCAUGGCUGCGGUUCAUGAGCCCUGAUUUUACAUGGAAACUCGGCUAUAGCAUCUUCGAAGAACUGGGCACUGACUCAUAUGUGCUUGUCUCACCGAGCAAGAACACUGUAUUCACUGCCGAUGCCGAGGCCGUCAGUCAGAUCACUACUCGUCGAAAUGAUUUCCCAAAGCCAAUUGAGAUGUACAAGGGUGUCGACAUUUACGGUAAGAAUGUCGUCUCGCUUGAGGGACAGAUGUGGCGGCAUCAUCGCAAGGUGACCAGCCCACCAUUCACCGAGAAGAACAACCUGCUCGUCUGGAAGGAAUCUUUGCACCAGGCCGAAAGUAUGAUCGUUCAGUGGACCGGCAGCAAAGACGCCCGCGCAAGUGGGAAGAUCGAAGAUGGCGCCCCGGAGGCCAUGCGGUUAUCACUGCACGUCAUUUCGCGGGCUGGCUUCGGUGUGCGAUUGGCGUGGCCGCACGAAGAGGGAACCACGGCUGUUCCGCCUGGCCACACAAUGACCUACAAGUCCGCUCUCGAGACCUUGUUGCACCAACUGCUGAGUGUCAUUAUCAUCCCCAAAUGGUUCUUGAAAAUAUCACCAUUCAAGAUUCACAAAACAACCUAUGAAGCCUACACAGAAUGGGGCCAGUAUAUGCGUGAGAUGUACGACACCAAGCGGAAUGAUGUCAAGAACGGAACUCAGCUCGGGGAUAUGGAUCUCAUGGGGGCCCUCGUCAAAGGCGCUGGCAUCACGAGCGAGUCCCUCAACGCCGAACCUGAUGGCAAGGGCGGCAGCAAGCAGAUUCUUUCCGACGACGAGAUCCUUGGCAACGCGUUCGUCUUCAUUCUUGCGGGCCACGAAACAGCCGCCAACACCAUUCACUUUUCACUCGUGUUCCUCGCAAUGCACAUGAUGUCUCAGAAACGCCUGCAAUCCGAUCUAGACUCCAUCCUGGGUGAUCGGCCAUCAUCUGAGUGGAGCUACGACGUGGACAUGGCACGACUAUUUGGCAGCAUGUGCGGCGCCGUGAUGAAUGAGGAGCUACGACUCAUUCCGCCCGUUCUCGGCAUCCCGAAAUCCACAUUGGCCGAUCGCCCGCAGGGUCUCCGCCUCAGCGGCGGCAAGAACACCACAAUCCCUGGUGGAACUUAUAUCACUCUUAAUGCGUGCGCCACGCACCGAAACCCCAAGUACUGGCCACACACGUCUAUCAAGGACCUCAACACUUUCCGACCGGAGCGAUGGCUACUCGACCCGACCAAGGACAACGACAACACCGACGCCAACGCCUAUGCUGAGGAGGAGGGUCUCGAUUUUGACGGCCCCGAUAAGCGACCCGACACCGCCGCCUCGCUCUAUCGCCCGGCUCGCGGCGCCUACAUCCCCUUCAGCGAGGGCUACCGCUCAUGCCUAGGCCGACGCUUCGCGCAAGUAGAGAUCCUAGCGGUCAUCGCCGUCAUUUUCAAGAAAUGGUCCGUCGAACUAGAUGUUAGCGAGUACCUCUCCGAUGAGGCAUUCGAGACGGCGACGGAGUCGCAGAAGCGCGACGCUUGGAACAAGGCCUACGCCCACGCGGUCGACCGCUUGGAGAACGGCAUGGGCACCGUCAUCACGAUUCAGCUCCGUAAAGGCCAAAUUCCCUUCCGCCUAGUUCGGCGUGGGGAGGAACGCUUC